GCAUGGCAGAGUCUGAAUCAGAUGGAACGGUGGGGUAUCAUUAAUAAGUUGAAACAGACGGAAAGGUGGUGUAUAUCUUUAAUAAGUUGAACCAGAUGGAAAGGAGUAAAAACGCAAUUUGUCUGCGAUGCAAGGAUUAUUACUAUUUUAUUGUAAACCAAUAUUGCUGAGCCUCUUACCAAAUGAUAAACGAAAUGAGGAAUAACCAUAGAACGCUGAGAAUUAAAUUGACUUUUAUGAAAAUAUGUUUGAAUACUGAGAACCGAUAGCUUCGGUUAUUGUUGUUUCAAAGGUCGCUAAGUGAAACUGACCGGUUGAUUAGUUUGAUCCAUUCAAGUGCAUUAUAAAAGAAUAAUUGUUAAUUCUAAUCCGUAUUAAACUACAAAGAGAAGGGAUUAUCGCCGGUGUAGUAAUGUAAGCUACAAAUAACAAAAUACCAAUUCAAUGCUUUUAUUACAGACCUAAACGCACAUGUUAUCGUGUUAAGUAUGAAAAAAGACUGACUCGCUUGACUAUUGGAUUUUUAAACUUUAACGAGCUCGACAAUAGAGCCAUAUAAGAAAUAACACAUUUAUCCUCGGAUCAAUGCCUUAACUCUUUGACUACUGAUAUUAUAUACGGCACAUGGCAAAGGUUAUAAUUAUGGGUCUGUUUGGUUGUCAAAUUCACAGGGAUUAAAAUAAAGGGUGUAUACGGACAAACGUUUUUGAUUUCCUGAAACAAAUAUUUUGUUAACGGGAAACGGCUACAUAAAUUGAAUUGGGUGAAAAGUUCCAUCGAGGACAUAGUUGAACAGUGUCAUUUUACGGCAAGUUAUGGAUUGUAUUGUCGCGCUUUGAUGGAAAUUAAAACGUAGGUCCUGAACUUUACCAGAUUUCAAACGCUGUGUAAUUAAAUUUCAUAUUAGGAACGUCAUCGAUUUGUGUGGUUGAUUGGAUUACUGAAAUUAGAGACCGUUCAGGCUGACAAUAGACAACGGAAAGAAGAUAUAUUGGCGGCAAUUAAAUUAUUUUAUAUUGCCUUUGGAUUAAUUCAAAUAGUUGCGUAUUCAUUUGUGAAAAGUACCUUUCAACGCCACUCUUCAUACAGUGAGCUGAUAAUUAAGUGUAAAAAAUAGAAUAUCAACGUUCAGAGGAUUACGUAACGGAGAGAAGUGGGCCCGCGUAUGGAGCAUUGACGUCGGAAAGUAUGCGUGACGUAGACGUCCGGUUCGACACGCGAGUAAAAUCUGUUUGGUUCUAAUACUAUGAGGAGGAUCGGAAGCCAGCUAGACAGCAACAAUGUCAUCCUUCUCUCCAUUUAUAUAUUUUUCCUGAUAAUGGCAGUGUCCUCCGUUUCUGAAGCUUGCGGGUCGUACAAGAAGAUAAACGGGGGCGGUUCCGCGACAAUCGACACAGGUUCGAACUACGGAGCGAACGCCCACUGCACGUGGUGGUUGGAGACGGACGCAGGGUACCAAUUGUCCAUGGUCAUCACCUACCAGGCGGACAGCAAGACGGACAGAUGUGGAGAUUACUUCAUUUUAUACGAGCUAGAGGCGGCGAGCGCUAACGACUCAAGCGAGCUCGACUGGAGCAGUAACUGCACGGAUCUCACGAACUAUCAGGUGACGGCGCAGGCGAGUUGGCUCAAAGUCGAAUUUAUCAGUGACGCCCUCAACACGACUUCCGGCUUCCAGGGUGCCAUUACGUCCACAGCGAAUGCAAAUGCGUCUUCGUUUUCAACGCCGAUUAACGAUUGCAAGUCAUUCGAGUGGAAAUGUCCGAACAAAGUAUGUCUGCCACUCUCCUACCGCUGCGACGGCUUCAACGACUGUGGAUAUGAAGGCGACGACAGCGACGAAGAUGGGUGUCAGGGACUCGGCUUUAACAAAUACAUGAUUAUGCUGAUCGGCGGCAUCGUUGGAUUCGGCAUCUUUCUCGUGUUCUUCAUAUUUUCCUGCGUGUACGAGUCGUACGUCCGUCGUAAAGCUUUGAUGGCGGACCCCGACGCGCAGGCUGAAUUACAACGACGGAAAGCCGACAAGAAACGCCGAGAUGCGUACAAGAAAGCUGCCAAAGAAAAGAAAAGUCGUCACUAGGACAGCCACAACCUUGCUCACUUCACGUAUAUAUUCAACAAUCACCUCUCGUGCUGGGACACACGUGUCAUCGUACACAAGCUCACCAGUAUCAUCAUAGACACACUGACUUCUCAUGGGCGAUACAUGUUUCCGUAUCAGUCCAUGUAAAGGAGGACUCCAGCCCCCAUUGCAACCCGCUCAAAUACUUCAUAUCGCCAUUGUUAUAAUUUGUGAAAUCAGUCAGACAUUUAUUUUUGAUGUUUAGAGAUGAUAUAAGAUGUUUAGCGAAAUUUCAGUUAUAAUUUUUGUUCAUCAAGACAUGUGUAACUUAUAACAGUGUAUUGUAAAGCACGUGUCGAGCUGUCGUUUAUCGCCACAAAGUACUAACACGUGUAUUUUGCACAAACUAAUGUUUGAACUUGGAAGGUGAUAUACACAUGCAUGUACACGUUGAAUGCUAAGAUCACUCGUGAUAUUUCAGAAACGAAUAAACACUAAAGGUCGCGAUUGUUUGCUAAGCUGAACUCUUCAGCAAUAAAUCGCUUUAAACGUGUGCUUGUCGACAGGUUGUUACUCGAAUAAAUCGCUUUCCUUAUGCUUAAGCACAUGUCAUCCCAACCAUGUACAAUGUACAAGUACCUGGGUGACGUAGUGCACAAAAAGUAGCCCACACGUACACAUACCUGCAUGACGAAUUGCGCAAAAAGUAGCCCACACGUACACAAACCUGGUUGACGUAGUGCAAGAGAAAGCACACACGUUCACAUACCUGGGUGACGUAGUGCAAAAAAAGCACACACGUUCACUUACCUGGGUGACGUAGUGCAAGAAAAAGCACACACGUUCACAUACCUGGGUGACGUAGUGCAAGAAAAAGCACACACGUUCACAUACCUGGGUGACGUUGUGCAAGAAAAAGCCCACACGUACACAUACCUGGGUGACGUAGUGCAAAAAAAGCACACACGUUCACACACCUGGGUGACGUAGUGCAAGAAAAAGCACAGACGUUCACAUACCUGGGGGACAUAGUGACCUCUCAAGUGAUUAUAUGUACCGGAACGCGAGGAUUAUAUUUAGGAUACAGACGUCACAAUCGCGUGCUCCGGGUGAUAAAUAUAUUUAUUAUUCUUGUUUGUGUUUAUUUUCGUACAAUUAUUGCGUAUGUUAAUGAAACUUGUGUCUGUAUGAAUGUCAUUCACUGUUUGAAUGUGUUUUAAAUCAUAACGAAACUGUUCUGUGUACACUUGAAUGUCUGUUAUUAUGUUGGUGCUAAUUCAUGAUGCACAUAAAUUUGAGAAAACAAUGUGGUGGCUCAUUUGUUUGUUAUUAACCAGGAUUUCAACAAACAGGUUAUUAAAAUGGGGACGUCGUUGGCGGGCAGGCGGGCGUCAAAUAUUGGUUUCCGCCCAAUUACUUCAGCUAGCAUUAAUGAGUGGUAAUGACUUUGUGAGUAGG